UAUAGUAUCCCAUCUGUCACCUUUCUACUCUUUAUACACUUUCCUUCAUUAUUUGUCCCUUGGAAUCCAAUUCCAUUUAACAAACGUUGUUCUAUAUAAACAUCACUGCUUUCUUUUCUGUGUUUUAAUCAACAUUGCUUUGAAAAACAAAUAAAGAAAAGAUAGAAAUUUAGGGUUGUUUUUUUUCCUGAGGGAAAAGAAAGAAGAAGAGAUGGGUAGAGGGAAGAUUGAGAUAAAAAAGAUUGAGAACUUGAAUAGCAGGCAAGUAACGUUCUCAAAGCGACGUAAUGGGUUGUUGAAGAAGGCUAGAGAGUUGUCUAUUUUGUGUGAUGCAGAGGUUGGAGUCAUUAUUUUCUCUAGCACUGGCAAAGUUUAUCAAUGGUCUAGCACCAGCAUGGAACACACUCUUUUAAGAUACAACAAAGGCAUGGGAGUGGAUCAGUCCCCUUCUGUUGAACGAAAGGCAGAGAGCUCGCAACCAGUUGAUGUGAACACCCUGAAAGAGGAGUACUUAAGGCUACGUGCGGCAUACAUGCGACUUAAUGGUAAGGAGCUGGACGGUCUGAGUUUCAAAGAACUGCAACAGCUGGAGCAUCAGUUAAAUGAAGGGAUGUUAUCAGUUAAGGAACAAAAGGAGCAAAUUCUACUGGAGCAGCUUAAAAGAUCCAGACUACAGGAGCAGAAGGCUAUUCUGGAGAAUGAGACUCUACGUAAACAGGUUGAGGAACUGAGACAAAACAAAAGCUCAAAUUUGCUUGAAUUCAAUCCGCUGCAAAUAAGAUUUUCCCCCACUAGUUCAAAGCCUGAUUAUAGUUGUGAUUCAGAGGAUGAGGAUGAUGACAACGGUGACAAUGAUCACUCAGACACUUCCCUGCACUUGGGGUUGACUUCAGAUGUUGGCCGCAAGAGGAAAGUGGCAAAGAUUGAACCUGUCAGCAAUGAUUCAGGUAGUCAAGUGGCCUCAGAGUGAUUUGUUUGUAUUGACAAUUUAGCAUUCAUCCCUUUGUAAUGUCAAAGCCCUCCAGUUUCAAUUUGUUCAUACAGUUAAUCAUCUCUUUAGGCAAUUAGAUAUUUAU